GUGGGCUGCUCAUCAGUCACACUCACUUGGUGGUGAUCGCAUGUGUGAAAGGCAGAAGAGAUGGACGAGAUCGAUGCUAUGUUCAGUGACCUGCUGGGAGAGAUGGAUCAUCUCUCUCAGAGUCUAGCAGAAGCCACAGUUUCAUCAGAAAUGGAUGCGACUCCGCAAGAGAGCUCCUUCUCCAUCGGCUUCAACAACCUGAACGAGUCUCUGAAUGAGCUGGAGGACCAUGAUCUGGAUGCUCUGGUGGCCGAUCUGGAGUCAAAGUCCACUGAUCAACAAUCUCCCACACACAAUGGCAACAGCAACCCAACAGGAAAUGAAACCGCACCACCUGCCGUUUAUCAAGAGUCCGAGCCUGUGGUGACCUUUCCUGUGGUCACCACUCAGUCAUCGAGAGCUGUGAAAAUGAACGAACCCCAAACGAAGGCGGAUAAAAUUAAAGUGGCUCUGGAUAAACUGAAAGAAGCCAAAGUGAAGAAGUUGAUUAUAAAGGUCCUGAUGAGUGACAACAGCUCUAAGACCCUGAUGGUGGACGAGAGGCAGACAGUCAGGGACGUUUUGGACACUCUGUUUGAGAAGACACACUGUGAGAGCAGCAUUGAAUGGAGCCUGUAUGAGACCAAUCCAGAUCUGCAGACUGAAAGGGCCUUUGAGGAUCACGAGUGUCUGGUGGAACCGCUGUCUGCUUGGAGUCGGCACAGCGAAAACAAACUCUACUUCUUGUCAACGCCUCAGAAGUACAUGAUGUUCACAGAGCCUCAGAUUUUUUACAUGUGGAAGAAGAAGAAAUCUAGCAGCGAUAUGAAUAGCCAGGCCAAAGAGCUUCUUAUCAAGGAGCAUUUCGGAGGUUCUACUACUAUUGUCCCUAAUCUCGAGGGCGUGUUAUACCUAAAAGAAGAUGGGAAGAAGGUUUGGAAACCUCGCUACUUCAUGCUUAGGGCCUCUGGGAUCUAUUAUGUCCCCAAAGGAAAAACGAAGUCUUCCACUGAUCUCGCCUGUUUUGUUCGCUUCGAAAAAGUCAACGUCUACACCGCCAGCAGCUACAAACAGAAAUACCGAGCGCCCACAGACUUCUGUUUCCUGUUAAAGCAUCCCUGCAUCCAGAAGGAGUCUCCCUACAUCAAGAUCCUGUGCUGUGAAGACAAACACGCACUUCUGCUUUGGGUCAACUCCAUCAGAAUAGCAAAGUACGGUGCUGCGUUAUACAAGAACUAUCAGGCUGCGGUGACCAGAGCAUCCGCUCUGCAGAUUCCCUGCUCAGCAGCAAACAAAGAGAAAUCUAACAGUGCUACCUCCCUGGAAAGCCCAUACCCAAGUUCAUAAGCCAAAUUCACUGAAGCUAAAUCAUCACCUGACACCUGACAUCUUCAAUCCUCCUUCUGGACAAGAAUGUCUUUGAAACAAACAAGAACUUCCUUCAGCACAGCAUCUUGCCUGGAGUUUGCAUAUUUGUGGUAGGAGGAUGUCCAAAAUCACUUAGUGGGCCGCAAAUUGUCCCUGGGGCCACACUUUGGACAUCCCUGACUUCAAAUAAACCCAUUUUUAUUUGCACUGGCAUGACCUUGUACUGUAAGGUGCGAGGUCAUGCCUGUACCACAUAGUAUAUGCAUGACCUUGUACUAUAGGUCAUGGUUGUCCAAAGUCAGAGAGAGGAAUUCUGUGUUAAUCCCAUUUAGACUAUUGUUCUUGAGAAAUCUUCUCGAUUUGCUUCCAGUUUCCUGUUGAUGCUCAUUUAACACAAAGGAUCCGUUUGGAGGCACUUUGGCACCAUCAUCGUCCAGUGAUCACAGUGUGAAUGACAUAUACUUGUUAAUACAAUUUAUGAUUUUCUUAAAAUAAAAAUGUAAAAUUCAGGCAGUAAGGGGUUAGGAAACUAUUGUUUACGAAAACAAGUAUAAUAAGUGCAAUCAUUGGGAGUCCUGCUGUGGACAUUUGUCCUACUCCCCCUUUCCAACAAGACAUUAUACAUCGUCUCUGAGGUUGGACCACAAAGAGACAGGGAUCUUUGACUCUGUACAAACUGUGUGGUGUACAAACGUUUUGCCAAGGUGGCCAAAAAUGUAAAGCUGAAAGUAUUUCAUGGGCCAUAAAGUUUUUAUUGUUAGGGUAUUGUUUUUAUUAAAGCUGA